GCCUGUUCUGUUCCACCGAAAAAUCAUCCAACCUUCGCCAAAGCCUCUCCUCUACUUGGUUCACUGCUUCGUGGGCCCUGAGCAAUUGCCGUCCGGAGCGCUGCUCACCUCGGACGCCGCCGGCGGCACAUGGCUGCCCUGCCACAGAGCCCACAGCCCCGGCGCCGGCGUGCACAUUGCAGAGAGCUUAAAAAAAAGUUAGGGUAAUUGGUCGCUGAUGCGGCGGCCAAGCCCGCUGCUCAUUGCGCCCUCGCCUACCCUACCACACCCUCACAGGUGGCCGCCACCCUCUAGUCCCGCCAGAGAGCAUGACAAGAGGUAGAACACGACGACCCCGAGCCCGAGAUGCGCCACCUCGGGGCGUCCCCGAGCUCGCCUUGUAGGGUCCGAGUUCGACCCUCCGCCGCGGCACCGUUACCCCGCGCCCGUCUCCAGCCGCGAGUCAGCUUCCCUGCCGGCGCUCGCCUGGUGCACGCGCGCGCGGCCGCGGCAGCCGCGGGGGCGACGCGGGCAUCGCCUCCGCAGCACAGGCUUGAUGCAGUAAGACAUGACCGGGCAGAAGUGAUUCCUGAAAGACUUGCAGUGGUCACAGGUGGAAACAAAGGAGUUGGCCUGGAAGUAUGCCACCAACUUGCUCUCCAAGGUGUGACGGUUAUCCUUACAGCGAGGGAUGAGAAACGAGGAACAUAUGCUGCUGAGUCCCUUUGCCGUGAAUACGAACUCCCCAACAUAAUCUUCCAUCAGCUUGAUGUCAGAGAUGAUAAUAGUGUCACCUCAUUGGCCCAGUAUAUUGAAAGCAGAUAUGGGAAGCUUGAUAUCUUGGUGAACAAUGCAGCCAUUACAGGAAUUGUAGCAGAUGAGGAAGGCCUGAAAGCUCUCAACAUUGAUUCAGAGACAUGGACAUCUGGCAGGGCCGCCAAUCUUCUUAAAGAAGUAUUCCAGAAUACCUAUGAUGAGGCAUUUAACUGUCUCAAUACCAAUUACUAUGGAUGCAAACGGGUAACAGAGGCUUUUCUUCCACUUUUGAAGCUAUCUACAUCAGGAGCAAGGAUUGUUAAUGCCUCCUCCCUUGCAUCCGAGCUGAAGAGAAUGCCAAAUGAGAAGCUUCGAAAUGAUUUGAGCAACAUCAUGAUCUGGGAUGAGGACCGAAUUGAAGCAGUGCUGAACACAUUCUUGGAUGACCUGAAGAAUGGGCGGCUUGAAGAGGCUGGAUGGCCCAUGAUGCUACCAGCCUACAGCGUAUCAAAAAUGGUCAUCAAUCUGUACACCAGGAUCAUGGCAAGGAGGUAUCCGGAGAUGCGCAUCAAUUGUGUGCGUCCUGGCUUUGUCAAGACCGGCAUCAACUGGAAUCUGGGGGUCUUGACGCCUGAGCAAGGUGCUAGAGGGCCAGUCAUGUUAUCUCUGCUCCCUGACGAUGGACCAACUGGGUGCUAUUUUGAUCAGACAGAAAUGGUGAACGUUUGGUGAUCAACGGUUGAAUUGUUUCCCAGAUUGGCAGUUAGUGUGGUGUUAUUUCCCAGACUGUGUGUGGCUCAGACUAUAGCGGCAUCUUCAGAUCUACUUAUGACAUCAUGAUCUCAUAGCACACAAAAACGUGGUUGCCGCUGCUUAGUUUCGGUCGUGUGAAACGGUCGAUCUACUUGCCGUUUUUUUGCCUGAAGUGCAGCACAUUGUCCACUGAAAAAAUUCUGCUGGGGAGGCAGUAAUAAAAAGAAGCUUGGAGGCUGUCACAUUAUCUGAUGCAGCUGAUUGGAGUUUCGGAUGUAGAACAGGCCCUGAAACAUUGCAGCAUAUGCUGUUGUUCUGUGCUAUAAUUGUUCGAACAAUAUUUAUAGGGUUUAUUUGUGUUGCUGUUUGUGAUAGCAUAAAUCAUGUGUGUGUUGGGUGUGGUUGAUGAUGCAUGUGCAUCCUAUCUAUGUAUGUAGUAGGAACUUAUUUCCUAAAAUGCCCCUCUACCUACCUCUGUCUAUCUCUAUAUAUGUACCCCAAAACUACUUUGCUAUGUGUGGUCAAUGGAAAAGAUCAUUUUGAGCCAACAA